UAACAUAUAUUUUGAUAGCUCAUAUGUUCAUAUUCGAGUUCCUUCUUGAGUUUCUGGAGUUCUUAUGGCUAUAUACAUGGACUGUGUUUUGGGAAUUUGUCUACUUGAUCUCAAGGAAUAGGCCUAAAAAAGAAAUUAAAAAUGCUCACAUCUUAAUUACUGGGGCUGGCCAAGGAAUUGGCAAAAUGUUGGCUUCUAAUUUGGCUAAUAGUGGAAAUACUUUGCAUUUGGUGGAUAUAAAUUCAGAAACGAACGAAGAAAAUAUCAAAGAUUUUGCGGCCAAAGAUUGCACAGUUUAUACCUACUCUUGCGAUGUCUCUAAGCUUGAUUCCAUCAUAGAAAUGAAUGAAAAAGUUAUGGGAAACUGUCCAAAAAUUGACUAUCUGUUCAACAAUGCCGGUAUCAUUAUUGGCAAACUGUUUCCUGAAACUUCUAUCAAAGAGAUGGAUCUAACAAUGAAUGUGAAUAUCAUGGGAGUCAUGCAUAUCACUAAGAUCUUUUUAGACGGCAUUAUAGAAAAUGGAGGUCAUCUUAUCUUCACAGGCUCAGUGGCUGGCCAAAUCGGAGCCCCCUUCAUGACUGAUUACUGCACAGCAAAACACGCAGUAACCGGCUUCAGUCGAACCCUCUUGUACGAUCUCGAGCACAUGGGAAUCAAGCACGUUAAAAUCACCACCGUCUUUCCACAUUUCACAGAUACUGGUCUUGUAAGAGGAGCUACAGUCAAGCUUCCAUUACUGUUCCCCUUGCUGGAUCCUGUUUGGGUAGCGGAUCAGAUCGUCGCAGCCACCAGAGAGGAGAGAAACGAGGUGAUCUUACCACGUGCCACCAACUACGUGAUCCUCCUUAUGUAUCUGAUGCCUUGCGAGGUGUUCAGACGUUUCUGUAAGUGGUUAGGUAACGAUCUGAUGAAAACCUUUCGACAAACCAGAAGCCAUGAAAUAAAUUAGAUGUUCGGUUUGUAUUGAUUUAAUGGAAUCUGAGGUUGUAACAUUUCGACGAAUUCCCUGUCGAAUUUUACAAGUAAACUUUAACGCCUGUGUGAUCAUGGAUGUUAAAUGUUAAUUCUGCACGAUAAAAUGCAUUUUGAUUAACUUUCCAGAAAAACAACUAAUCAAACCACUGCACUAGAUAUUAUAAUCUCGCUCUUUAAAAGGUUUUUGAUCAGUAGUCAUAUUAUUAUUUUUAUUUAAGUAAUCAUAGGUAGAGAUUAAAAAUAUAUCAUUCAGUUCCAUCUUUCAUUUAUCUGAAUCAUCGUCAAAUUUAAUAAGUACUGUAUUAUACUCCUGACGCGGACGUAGAUUAUUAAAAAUAUCGAUAAGUCACUCUACAAGAAGUUUAAGAGCUGCCGAUCAUAUCAUGCACGAGAAUUUUAAUGUCGUAGUUUGUUUUUAAGACCUGCCCACUGAUGAAAUGAAUAGAUAUUAUGGUUGUGGCUGUAGGAUAUUAUAAUCGUUUGCUGUGGUUCAUUACUUUUUGUUUUAUAAACUUUGUGUUACAUUGCUGCCUUUCUACUCAACAACUGAGAAAGUUUUAAUGUUUUAGUGUUUUAGGGUGCGUUCAAUACCUUUGUUUAAUAAUUUUGUUUGAUUUUUUACUGCUUUGUUACAGAAUUUGUACCUUCUUUCUAGCUUUUCGUGUUUUUUUUGCGUUAUUUCGUUAUAUAUCUUUAAUUCUAAAUUAUCUGCAUUACUGUAAUCUUAAUUGAUUUAUUCUGAUACCAAGUAAAUUCCAUAAUACACACUGGACUAUACCCUUGACUUUGCCAAUGAUGAAGCAUAAUGAUUAAUUCUAGGGUAAUAUUACUUAUGUUACCAGUACCAGUUAAAGUUACCAUUUACCAAUACCACUAAUUACCAGUACCAUUAAUAGUAUAAACAAUUAUUCUCCCCUUUAUUUCCCAAAUUUUAAGAGGACUAUCAAACAUUUCAUUGAAAUGAACAGUACAUGUAGUGUGACAUAAUGAACCAUUUAACGGCACGUUAGUCACACGGCACGUUAGUCACACGGCACAGUAUAACAAUCCCCUGCAGCUGCCCUAUCAUGUGGUUAUAAAGAUAGUAUUAGAUUAUUUAUAGGCUGUUUAAAAAUACCUAAAAUGUCAGUGUAAGGUAGGAACAAGGCGUCCAGUGAGUAAUACAGCAUGCACUGUUAAGGGGGUGUCCAUAUUAUGUAACGUAACACUGGUGUUACUCUGACAAUUGUGCACGGCUAAUGCCAAGUAAUUGUAUUUGAAAUCCCUGGUAACACUUGUUGGGGGUCGUUUGCAGUCUUCCUAUCUUGUUAGUCUUCUCUUGUGGGUGAUGUUUUGUGCGUGUUAGUAAUUAUGUGUGAGGAUAUUCUGGGCUGCUAAAUUGUUCUUGUUGUGAGCAGCAGACGGGAUUUGAGGCUUUGCUGGGGUUGUUGAAUUCUGUUUUUAAGAUUUUCACUUGUUUUCAUUUCGACUAUAGUUUAUUUAUGUGUUUGGGUGAUGUGGCCAUUUAUACACAAAAUUCUAAUAUAUUCUCUUUAUUUGUUCUUAUCUAUAGCACAUUUAUUGAUAUUCAGAAUUACAAUUUACAUGUAUAAAUUUAAAUAUUUAAGUGUUAAAUAAUGAAUGUUACAGAAUAACAUGUGCAUUUUGUUGUCUUCUUGAUAAGUUAUUUUUUCAAGUU